AGUAUCGGUGGUGGUAUUUUUUCUGUUAUCCCCAUAGUGGGGAUGGGUGGUGUUGGAAAGACUACUCUUGCUCAAUUUGUCUAUACAAAGAUGAGAGAGUCAAACAAAGAUUUGGUACUCGAGUGUGGAUUACAGUGGGAGAUGGUCCACUUGACUUGUGGAAUGUGAUGAGGUCAAUUGUGGAGAAGGUCACUUCUAGGAAAUGUGAAAUUAAGGAAUUGCAUGACCUUCAAGAGAAAGUAAAGAGGACUCUGAGUAAAAAGAAGUUCGUGUUUGUUCUUGAUGAUCUUUGGGAUGAAGACUGUACUAAAUGGAAUGUCUUGCGAAGUUGUUUCAAAUCUGGAUUGCAAGGAAGCAAGAUUAUUGUCACAACACGUAGCACAAAAGUUGCAUCAAUUGUGAAAACCGAGUCAAUUUAUAAGCUAAAGCCACUUUCUGACGAGGAUAGCUGGGCUUUAUUUGUAAAUCAUGCCUCAAUUGAUGUCGACACCAAUGAUUACUUGCAUCUCAAAGAAGUUGGAGAAAAAAUUGUUGCUAAGUGUAAGGGACUUCCUUUGGCCAUAAAGUCAAUUGGUGAUCUCUUACGAGGAACGCGCUGCAAGGAGGAAUGGGAGAGCAUCCUAAACAAUGAUAUAUGGGAGUUGUAUGAAAGAAAACAAGUUAAUAUUCUUCCAUCUUUGUGGUUGAGUUAUCUUUAUCUACCUUCUAAAUUGAAGCAAUGCUUUGCUCACUGCUCUCUAUUUCCAAAAGAUUUUGCAUUUAGUAAAAAAGAUAUGGUCUUGUUAUGGAUGGCAGAAGGUUUCUUACAUUCUGAAAAUGGAAAGAGGGUUGAAGAAGUUGGAGAAGAGUAUUUCCAAGAUCUAAUCUCGAAGUCAUUUUUCCAACCUUCAUCAUCCGACGGUGAAGAAACUUUCCUUAUGCAUGAUCUUAUACAUGAUUUAGCAAUGUUCAUCUCAGGAGAGUUUUGUUUAAUGAUGAAUGACAGUAAUAAAUGUUCUCCCAAGGUUCGCCAUUUACGUUGUGAAGAAGCUAGUAUGGUUAAGAGCUUUGAGGAGAUAUCUAAAGUGAAGCGCUUCUUGCGCACCUUAUUAUUGUUACAUAACGGAGCAGAAAUUGAUGAAGAAUUGUUGUCUAAGUUGCAUGAAUCAUUCCCACGCUUAAGAGUACUAUCCAUAGAUUGCAUAUACGCUGAGCAGAUCCAAACUUAUCCUGAUUCAAUAGGAAAUUUGAAGUAUUUAAGAUAUUUGAAGUUACGUUGUCGCAUUAAAGAGAUACCGAAUACAAUAUGUACGUUGUAUAAUUUGGAGACACUAUUGUUGGAGGAAUGUGUAAAUCUUACUAUUCUACCAACUGAUAUAGGAAAUUUAAUCAACUUGCGACAUCUUAGUGUUUCUCGUUCAUUAAAAGAGAUGCCACUGCAAUUGGGGAAGCUACAAAAUCUGCAAACACUGAAUAGAUUUGCUGCGGGAAGAAAUAGAGAUUGUGGUGGUAUUGAAUUGUUGAAAGAGUUUCAAGAUCUACACGGGAGUCUUUUUAUUUUCGGACUAGAAAAUGUGAAUGUUGGUAGGCUUGAGGAAGUUUCAGAUGCUGCAGCACCAUUAUUAAAGAGUAAGAAGUCUCUUAGUCAGCUAGAUUUGGCAUGGAAUCAUAAUCGUGAAGCUGAAGUUGAUGAGUUGCACAAACAAAUAGAUAUAUUCGGUGCCCUCGAGCCUCAUCCAAACUUGAAGGAACUUAGCAUUUGGCAUUACAAAGGCUACAGUUUCCCAAAUUGGAUGGGAGAUCCUCGCUGCUUGUCUAAUUUAGUAAGUUUGAAGUUGAUGUGUUGCUGUUUUAGCUUCUUUCCGUCGUUGGGGCAGCUGCCUUGUCUCAAAUAUCUUCAGAUUAGUUAUUGUAGUGUGGUGAAAAUAGAUUCAGAGUUUUAUGGUUCUUCUUCUGUUGCAAUACCAACAAAGCCCUUAUUCUUUACAUCUUUGGAGACUUUGAUAAUUGAGAAUUUGGAGAAGUUGGAAGAGUGGUCAUUUACGGAAGGUGGAGCUUUUCCUCGUCUUAAGAAGUUGAAAAUUGAAACAUGUCGUUACCUCCGAUGCUUGCCGAAAGAACUACCCACUUCUCUUUCUGAUCUUCAUAUCACUUAUUGUCCAUUGAUAACACCAAGAGUGGAGAGGGAGACAGGGGAGGACUGGCCAAUUAUUGCUCACAUCCCAAAUAUCAUUGUCAAUGGCAAGAAUAUAUAGGUAUUACUCUUCGAUUUGUGCCCCUUUUAGGCUGUGACUGUGGUCUCUUGUUUUAAAUCAACGAUUAAUUAGUGUUUAAUAGUAGCAUUUGGAGUCAUCACCUAAUUUGAUGCGUACAUAUUUAAUUUAAGCAUGUGAAGUUUAGUUGAUGAAGCUGGUAGAACAUAACUAUAUAUAUCAUGAUUAUAAUAUUAGUUGGUGGCAUUCAAGAUAAAAAGUUUAAUUUUCUAUUAUUUGAGUGAAAUUACAUGUAAAUAUAUAAUCACAACACAAGCUAUUAAUUUAAGUCCUGUUUUUGCAAGGUAAUCAAAUUAUAUAUGAGUAGUGAAAUGGAAGACUGAGUUGAAGAAUGGAAGAAGUCAGUUACCACCAAAUAAACACAUAUGACUAUGAUGAGACUUUACCUCUCUUAAUUUCUUACUUUUAGUUUGAUUGUGAUUGUGAUUGUGAAUAAUAAUAGCUAUACUAUAGUCUAUAGAGUGAGUGAUGAAACUUUGUACAAGAUGUUGACACCAUUGCUAAUGUUAAUGUUUUCUACUACCAUUAGUACCAGUAGAGAUAACAAACAACCAUUGCUACCUUUCUUAUAUAAAUCUUGCUCUCCAUUUUCUGUUA